UGUUUCAUCCUCCAUCCCAUCAGCGUUCAAAUUCAAGAAAACUGCAAUUCAGUCGUGCAAAGGACGUAUGCCUUGAUAACCACAGUAUUUAAAUUGCGCCAUCCUGAUCGCGGAGAAAGCGAAAGGUUAAACCAAGUUCUCGGUGGAUAUUUCCGUAUCGAAAAACGACGUAAUGGAUUCACCUCUUUACUGCAUAUGGCAGUCGAAAGAUUUCUGGAAAAACCCGUCGACGAUGAGCUUAUGAUAGCCGUAGAAGUCAUCCAACUGUUUAUUGACAAUGGAGCCGAUCCCAGGAUCAUUGAUUGCGAUGGAAAAACGCCACUUCAUUUGCUGGCCGAACGCUGUUCACCGGAUUGCAAAGAACCCUACUAUUGUGUAUUUGAGGCAGUGCUGGAAGGUGGUGGUCAUUUAGAUCAGGUGACGGCAGAUGGGGUGACAGUCCUCAAAAUCCUGCAGAAGAAGAAGAAACAACUCAUUAGUGGCGAGGUCCUUGAUCCUAGGAUUGAUGCUUGGACUAAUGCUAUAUUAUUGCUUCAGUGCUAUUCCGCACAAAGCAUACCACCUAAAAUUAUUAUGAAAUCGACAGAUGUAUUCCCACCAAACAUCCAGGAAUUUCUAGCCCAGCAUCACAAACCUCAAGUUCUGCAACAGCUUCCCUUGUUACCUCCUCGAUUUCCUAGUGGCUAUCGGGUUAUGGGUAUUCCCAGAUGAAGGUGAGCUACUAGAAGUUUGGGUGUGUUGCAUAUCUAGUGCUGUGGAACACUUGUAAUUGAGGUUUGGCUGACGAAGAAAUUGUAAUAUUGACAAAACAUUUCCAAGAUCCAAUCGAGGUAGCGCAGAAUUCACUGUGGGAGACAGCUGAGUCGCGAGAAGUCACAAGAGGAAAUAUAAAAAAACUAAACAGAAAACCACUUAUAUUGUUGUUUUUGUCGACGUCUGCUUUUAGUUGUGUUUAUGUUGUCCGGCAAGUUGUUACCCGCCAUCUGUCAGCGAUCGGACCAACCUGAUUUGAGCCAAUUUAUUGAUGUGUUUGGUUUCAACAGCCGGACAUGACGCCAUCGAAAACUAAUUUCAAGUUUUUUUUAUUUAUUUAUGUUUGACUUUCUCUUUAUCGUUACAAAUCUCGCAGUAUAUGUCUCUCUGCCAUGUCCUUGUGUCUUAUCUCAUUAACACUCUUAAACUCCCCAGCCUAGCCUAGAAAAAUUCCUCGUCUCCUCAAUCCUGAUAACAAACCUACGUAACCUACCCAUUUCUAGCAGAUAUCUCCUUUUGGCCUGAAGGUGGUAGUGGCUAGGGAUUCUUGUUGCUUCACAGCGCCCACACAAGGCAGGAAACGACGGGGAUACAACGUACGUACAAGGAUUGGUCCAACAGUUCUCUUUUCUACUCCGUCGUGUACGCAUCCAGCCAACGCAUCCUCUCGAGUAGUCAAGUGUCUAUCAGCUACUUUUCCAUCGAUUAGUAACGAUCGAACGAUAUCUUCGGGAAAAAGGCAAUAAAUCACGUAACAACUUA